GUUGAUGGCGAGCUGUUGGUAGUUGUUUCGCAAAUAAAUAAAUUACAAUAAAAUGUAAACUGAAAGUUACAAUUGAGUUAUAUUGUGGCAAGUGAACAGUGGGAUUUACGUUAAUCAAGAGAUUAUUGAUUUUUAUCAUUGAUAAAAUGAACACACAGGUGGUAUCAAGAGAACGAUCAAUUUUUUUGUCCAAACUUAACUUCCCAACAAGUUCUUCUGACAGUCGUUUGCAGGAUGAAGGGAACAAUUCGGAUGUCGAAGGGAAAGUCAAAAACAGACUCCUCUCAAUGUGGAAUAACGUGAAAUAUGGGAUGAAACUUAAGACAAACUUCUCGAAAGAAUCUCCAGUCUGGCUCCUAGGCAAGUGUUACCGAAGGAUAGAAAGUCCUUCAUCAGACAGCACCGAAUUAGGGACCGACGUCGCCGCUUUCCAAAGCCAGAGCGAGAUCGCCAGCAGUGACGAUGAAGGCUUUGAAGGAUUUAAGAAAGAUUUUAUUAGUAGAUUAUGGCUGACAUAUCGGCGCGAGUUUCCUAUUUUGAACGGCUCCAAUUACAGCAGCGACUGUGGUUGGGGCUGCAUGUUACGUAGCGGUCAAAUGCUGAUUGCUCAAGCUUUAGUUUGUCAUAUUUUGGGCAGAGACUGGCGAUGGCAACCCGAUCACCAACCCACAACCAGGGAAAGUUUCAUUGAAGUGGUGAACCAUCGCAAAAUUAUUAAAUGGUUCGGAGAUAAACCGUCGCGGAAUAGCCCGUUUUCGAUUCACACACUUGUUGCCUUGGGCGAAGCCUCGGGGAAGAAAGCGGGGGACUGGUACGGGCCUGGAUUUGUAGCACAUCUUUUUCGGCAAGCGUUUAAGCGCGCUUCUGAGGACAACUACGAAUUUGACUCUCUUACAGUUUGUGUGGCCCAAGACUGCGCAGUUUACAUCAAGGAUGUGUUGGAGGAGUGCACGGAUAAAAACGGGAAGUGGAAAUCUCUAAUUUUGUUGAUUCCGGUUAGGUUAGGGGCCGAAAAAUUCAACUCGAUUUACGCCCCUUGUCUUACGACAUUGUUUAGCUUGAAACAGUGUAUAGGUAUAAUAGGGGGGCGUCCUAAACAUUCCUUGUAUUUUGUGGGUUACCAAGAUGAUAAGUUGAUUCAUUUGGAUCCGCAUUACUGCCAGGAAGUUGUUGAUGUUUGGGCAGUUGAUUUUCCGUUGACAAGUUUCCACUGUAGAUCUCCACGGAAAAUACACUUAAGUAAAAUGGAUCCGUCUUGUUGUAUCGGAUUUUAUUGUCCUACCAAAGAAAGUUUUUUUAAUCUUAUUGAAAUUGUCCAGCCUUUAGUGAUUCCUCCCAGUCGAACUGAUAGUCCCGGUAGCGAAUAUCCUAUGUUCAUAUUCUGUGAUGGGUACAGCCGUGAUGCCCAAAUGUCUCCAAAAAAAUUACCUCCCUCUGAAUUAGAAUAUUCCAUGGAUAGUAGCACUGAUGGUGAUGAUAUGGGGACCGAAGCUUUUGAAAUCCUGUAAACUUAUCUAUUGUUAGUUUUGUUUGUUGAUUUUCAAAAAGGAGGAUAAAUGACUGAUUGUUACUAAAAUAUCAAUAUUUUAAAGUGUUAAAGAUUCUCUAUUACUGCUACAGACUCUUGUGCUACGUCUCUGAACAAUCUAUGACAUUUUCUAUCUAAGUUUUGUAUAUAACUUUUUUAUUUGCUAUUUAUUUAACUUAUUUUUGUAUUUCUUAGUAAACUUGUUACUGUGAAUAAAAGCAUUGUUUCAUUUUUUAACA